UAAAGCCCCAACACCACUGAAUGCAAAACCCCAACUCUCUUUAUCUCUUUCUCUCUCUGAGCUUUGAUACUGAGUCGCUGAGCUUUGAUUCUGAGUUAAUGGCUAACAGGCACACCAUUAUUCUAAUGCAAACAUCUCAAAACAGAGCUACUAGAACAUUUAUGGAUUAUGAUUCGAUAAAUCAAGCAAUGGAAGGUAUAUGUCGACUGUAUGAAAGGAAACUUAAAGAGCUAAAUCCAGCCAUCAGAAACUUUAAUUAUGAUAUUUCAGAUCUCUACAAUUUCGUUGACGGGCUAACAGACAUGAGUGCUCUAGUGUCUCUCUCUCUCUCUCUCUCUCUUCACUCCACACACACACACACACACACACACAAACACUAAAUCAGAACUAUGAAA